AUGGCAUUAGGAGACGCUGCACUCGACUGGAAGCGAAUAUGUCGCAACGUUCAGGUCGAACGAAAGUCUCUGAAGUACGGAUCCGAAAAUCACGAGUGCGAGGUUCGGUGGCGAUAUCGAGAAGAUACUGGCAUCUCGCUGCGAACAGUCUAUCACUCUAGCCAAGACGGGAAGCUUCGAACAUGGACUGAACAGCACUUUCCUGCUACCGGGCCAGCGAUACCCUUGACUACCACGUAUGUUGACGGUGCAGUGUCUGUCGAUUUUCCGCGCAGCUCGUUCGGGAAACUCAACAAGCAGUAUGUUGACAUCAAGUACACGUUCAUUGGCCACGAAUCAGCAAACAGAUUCCAGACCUUGUUGUACACCAACAACGGUGCCGACUCUGCUAAUCUCGAAUUUGAUCGACCCAUAUCGAGCAUAUCCUCGGAUCACAAUCCGACUGAAUGUCGUGGAAGAAAUUUGCGGCUGUGGCGGCGUACCGAGACGCAUCUAGCGGAUGGUGGGCUCGUUACGUCUGAGGUCUUGAUCCUGCUGUUUUACACGAGCGCAUUGGAAGAGGAUGGGCACUGGGUCGAGGAGCCGCACUACGCAUUCGAAUGGCUCACGGAGUCGGUCUAUAAGAAAGACAGUGACAAGCUUACGCUUCUCUUCUCAAAAGACGCACCGCGUUGGGCGACUGAUAAGCUUUUCAAACGCCGCAAGUCAUCCACACAGACGGAUUCCGAAGCAGCGAAUCCGUCUCGCAAGAAACGCAACGACUCUAUGGAAAUGCUACGGUUUUCUCGAUCAGACAGCGUUACUUCAGGGUCGUUGAGCGGCUCGCCGAUUCCUUUGAAAAAUAUAUCGGGUGGUGGUGGUUUCUCGAGGGCUGCUAAUCUGAACCGGUUUGGGUAUUCGGCGUUAGAGAUCAAGUUCCAGAGCAGGAAGGACAGGAUGGCGUUCUUAGACAUCUGGAAACAGUACGUCAAGCCGCUGAGUGUGUCCUGA